GGAUUUCUGAUUUCUGAGUGUCUUUCGUUUCGCUGUUCGAAAAUCGAACUUCACGUCACGCACACACAAAGAGAGAGAAACAAAAAAACCCUUCUUCUUCUUCUUCUUCUUCUUCCUCUGUUUGUGGAAUGAAACACCAUUGAAACGACAUCGUUUUAUUCGCUGAACACGUGAACAUGGCUAAGAAGCCUCACCUUCAGCUUGUGGAGCUGGGAUCCAAGCUCGACACCGUUCCCACUUCCAAGGAUGCUCUCGUUAAUCUCUUGCAGCAAGCUGCAGCACACCUAACUGAGCUGGGCCAGUCACAAUCUGCUUCAACAUUGGAGUCAAUGCAGCCCUUUUUCAGUGCAAUUGUUAAGCCAGAAUUGCUGAAGCACCAAGAUUGGGAUGUCAAGCUUCUAGUUGCGACAUGUUUUUGUGAGAUAACUCGGAUCACUGCACCUGAAGUACCUUAUAGCAAUGAUGAUCUAAAGGAUAUAUUUCAGUUAAUUGUGAGCUCUUUUAGUGGUCUGAGUGAUACAAGUGGACCAUCCUUUGAACAGAGAGUUGCCAUAUUGGAGACUCUUGCAACAUAUAGAUCAUGUGUUGUAAUGUUGGAUCUUGAGUGUGAUGAUAUGGUCAACAAAAUGUUCAGUACUUUCUUUGCGGUUGCCAGAGAUGAUCAUCGAGAAAGUGUUCUGUCAUCCAUGCAGAAUAUUAUGGUUGUUCUCUUAGAAGCGAGUGAGGAUGUCGGUGAGGACCUAUUAUCUAUUCUAUUGUCUGCAUUAGGUCGUGAAAAUAGAGAUGUUACUGCAGCUGCAAGGAAGCUUUCCAUGAAUGUCAUAAAGCAAUGUGUAGGAAAACUUGAACCCAUCAUUAAACAAUUUUUUCUAUCAUUAAUGUCAGGAGACGGCAAGCCAGUGAACAGUCAAGUUCAGUGCCAUGAAGUAAUCUAUGAUCUCUAUUGCUGUGCUCCUCAGAUCCUAUCUGGAGUUGUCCCUUAUAUCACAGGGGAGCUACUGAAUGACGAGCUGGAAACUCGUUUGAAAGCAGUGAACUUGGUUGGCGAAAUAAUUGCUCUUCCUGGAUCUUCUAUUGCUGAAGCAUUUCAGCCUAUACUUUCUGAGUUUCUAAAGAGGUUGACUGAUAGAGACUCUAGGAUACGCAUGUCUGUCCUUGAGCAUGUGAAGAGCUCUCUGCUGUCCAAUCCUUCCAGGGCUGAAGCUCCUCAAAUAAUUUCUGCCCUCUGUGACCUUCUACUGGAUUUUGAUGAAAAUGUUCGAAAGCAAGUUGUGGCUGUUAUUUGUGAUGUGGCAUGCCAUGCCCUACCUGUAGUCCCUCUUAAAACUGUGAAGCUUGUUGCAGAACGGCUUUGUGACAAAUCUAUACUUGUUAAAGUGUAUACCAUGGAGAGAUUGGCUGAGAUAUAUAGAGUUUUUUGUGAGAAUAGAUCUGACACAGUUAACCCCACUGGUUAUGAUUGGAUUCCAGGGAAGAUCCUUAGAUGUUUUUAUGACAAAGAUAUCAGAUCAGAUAUAAUCGAAUCUGUUCUAUGUGGGUCCCUGUUUCCAUCAGAAAUUUCUACCAAUGAUGUAGUUAAACAUUGGAUUGAGAUUUUCUCAGGAUUCAGUAAAGUGGAAGUCAAGGCUCUCGAAAAGAUACUGGAGCAAAAACAAAGGUUACAGGAGGAGAUGCAAAAAUAUCUGGCUUUGAGGCAGAUGAGUCAGGAUAAGGACAUUCCUGAGGUCCAUAAAAAGAUCAUGUUCUGUUUUCGAGUAAUAUCUCGUUCAUUUGCUGAACCAACAAAGGCUGAAGAGAGUUUCCAGAUUCUUGAUCAAUUAAAAGAUGCUAAUAUCUGGGAAAUUUUGACGAAUCUUGUUGAUCCGAAUAUUAGCUAUCAUCAAACUCGUGUAUACAGGGAUGAUUUGAUUAAAAUACUUGGUGAGAAACAUCAACUCUAUGAAUUUCUGAAUACCCUAUAUGUAAAGUGUUCCUAUUUAAUUUUCAACAAGGAGCAUGUGAAAGCUGUUCUCUCAGAAAUCAGCAGCCAUAAAUCCACAGAGAAUGAUCUGCGUAUACCAUCUUGCAUUGAUAUAUUAGUGAUAAUUGCUCGUUUCAGUCCACAUCUUUUCAGUGACAGUGAGGAGGAGCUGAUGAAUUUACUAAAAGAUAAUAAUGAUAUGAUUAAAGAGGGCAUUUUGAAUGUUUUAGCAAAGGCUGGUGGUACUAUUCGUGAACAACUAGCAGUUACAUCAAGUCCCGUAGACCUUAUGUUGGAGAGACUAUGUUUAGAAGGAAGCCGGAGACAGGCCAAGUAUGCUGUGCAUGCUCUAGCUGCAAUAACAAAGGAUGAUGGCCUCAAGUCUCUCUCUGUUCUGUACAAGAGGCUUGUAGAUAUGCUUGAGGAGAAAACACAUCUACCUGCAGUAUUGCAGUCUCUGGGGUGUAUAGCACAGACUGCAAUGCCUGUAUUUGAAACUAGAGAGAGUGAAAUUGAAGAAUAUAUUAUAAACAAGAUUCUGAAAAGUGAUAGUAAAGAGGAUCAUACAGCAUCAUGGGAUGAUAGAAGUGAUCUUUGUGUGUUGAAGAUAUAUGGUAUAAAAACUAUAGUGAAAAGCUACUUGCCAAUCAAAGAUGCUCUUGUUCGUCCUGGUAUUGAUGAUCUUCUGGAUAUCCUGCGAAACAUGCUAUCAUAUGGUGAAAUAUCAAAGGACCUAAAGUCCAGCUCAGUUGAUAAGGCCCACUUGAGGCUUACUUCUGCAAAGGCAAUUCUUCGUUUGUCAAGGCUUUGGGAUCAUAAGAUACCUGCUGACAUUUUCCACUUAACUUUAAGGGCAACAGAGAUUAGCUUCCCGCAAGCUAGGAAGGUUUUCUUAAGCAAAGUUCAUCAAUAUAUAAAAGACCGCCUUUUGGAUGCCAAGUAUGCAUGUGCCUUUAUAUUGAACAUAUUUGGAUCCGAGCCAGAGCAGUUUGCAGAGGAUAAGCAGAACCUGGCUGACAUUAUUCACAUGCAUCACCAAGCAGGGGCUCGGCAGAUUUCUGGGCAAUCGGAUGCAAUUUCCGUGACCCCUUACCCGGAAUACAUCCUUCCAUACCUAGUUCAUGCACUUGCUAACAUAUCUUGCCCCAAUGUUGACGAGUGCAAGGAUGUUGAAGCAUAUGAUACUAUAUACAGGCAGUUGCACUUGAUACUAUCAAUGCUAGUGCAAAGAGAUGAAGAUGUCAAGUCAGAAGUAACUACUAAAGAAGAGAAGGAAAUUAUAUCUACCAUCACUUCUAUCUUUCAGAGUAUUAAGCUCUCUGAAGAUAUGGUUGAUGUAUCAAAGUCAAAGAAUUCUCAUGCCAUAUGUGACCUUGGAUUAGCAAUCACCAAGCGAUUAGUACGGAAGGAUGUUGAUAUGCAAGUAUUGUCUCAUUCAGUUUCCCUACCUCCCAUACUAUACAAAGCACGUGAGAAGGAAAAUGACCUCAUGGUAAGUGAAAUGAAAACCUGGUUGGCUGAUGAAAGUAUCUUGGCUCACUUCGAAUCACUUGACGUAGAAAUGGUUCCAUCUCAAUCAGAUGAGGGUGAUGCUGUAAAGGACAGUGAAAAAGACACAAACGAGAUGCCCUUGGGGAAAAUAAUAAAAACCAUAAAAUAUCAGCGAACCAAAGGCAAAAAAGUGAAAAAGGACAAGUCUGUGCCAGCUGAAACUAAAACAGAUGAAAAUGAUGUUGAUGUCUUAAAUGUGGUUAGGCAAAUUAAUUUGGAUAACUUGGGGAUAACUACUAAUUUUGAAUCAAAUAAUGGUCAUGAAAAUUCUUCGAGUAAGAAGGCAAAUAUGAUUCCAGAGUUUGAAACAAUUAAAAAACGUAAAGUGGGAGAAGGAAUACCGGUUUCAGUGCCUAGACGGAGGCGGUCUUCCUUUACCCCUGGAAAAUUUCAAUCAAGAAGUACUUCAAAGGCCCAUGGAAUUACAAGAGAAGAUGCUUCUAGAGGGAAAUCAUUGUUGGAUGUGGAAAUUAAACCUGAUAAAGGCAGCAAAACUAGGCAGAGAAAAAUAGUCAAAGGCAAAAAGUCCUCACUAGAACCAAAAGCUAAGGCCUCUGAUAGCUAUCACAUCGAAGAGUCUGACAAGUCUGAAGAGCAUGACAUAAAGAGUCCUGAAUAUUUAGAGCCAACUGAUAAGACUGAAAGUAGCAAUUUCAAGUCGUCCAUAGGAUCUACUAAAGAGCUGAAAAGAAAAAGUAUUGGAGGAAUAUCUAAGUGUACGACAAUGAAAGGUGAUAGUGAUGCUGAAGAUCUAAUUGGCUGCAGAAUUAAAGUUUGGUGGCCACUAGAUAAGCAAUUUUAUGAAGGAACCGUGAAAUCUUAUGACCCUUCAAAGAGGAAGCAUAAGAUAUCAUAUGAUGAUGGGGAAGUUGAAGAACUUCGUUUGGAAAAGGAGCACUGGGAGCUUAUUAACAAGGAUCCCAAACCUUCAAAGAAGCUAAAGCCUGCAAAAAAUCCACCUUUCCAUGAAGUAUAUACUCGGAAGAAACAGAGAAGUCCAAGAGGUUCAGCAAGUAAAAAGACAACAAAAAUAGCUAAUGGUAAAAAAUCUCCUAGCAAACAUGUAAAACAUGGACAAAAGGGUGCAUCAGAAAGUAAUUUCGAUCAGGAUGCCAAAGAGAGCUCUGAGCAAUCAAACCCUGAAGAGAAGAUGAUAUCUAAAGCUGAGAUUGAGUCAGGUGGUUCUGAAAGGGAACAGGCUGAAGGGUCUGAUGUAACCAAGGAGAAGAAAUCUAGCAAUAAAGUUAAAUCAGUUUCACAUGGAAAGAGACUUAAAAAAGAGAAGAAGUUGAGUUAUAGCAAAGAACCUGAUGAAGAGAAGCAGGAAAAUGGUAAGAGACUUUCUGAAGAUAGAGAGAGCGUCCCACAAGAAGUUCAAAAUGAUGAUGAAGAAAGUACUUCAGAAGGGAGAGAUGUGGAUGAAUCAAGAGGAACUUUGAGAGAACAUGUUAAUGGAGAAGAUGAACCGGGUUCUGAAGGGAACGAAAUUGACCCUGAUGUGGAGAGUAGUCCUCAAAAAGUGAAAAAGCCGCUUACAGAGCUAGCAAGUCCUCAUGAUAAAAGAGUUCCUGAGGUUUCUGAUGACGAGCCACUGAGCAAAUGGAAAGUUCCAUCAGGAAAGAAAAGCUCAGGGAAAAAACGAUGAGUAGUUUGGCUGCUGUAGCAUAAAUCUCAGAAGGUUUUAGUUGCAUUGCUGCAGAGGCAGCAUUUACUAGUAUUUAGUUUGCUUCAGUACAAGUACAGGUAUCAGAGUGGACGAUGACUGCCAUUUAUUGACACACUAAUAGAUGUGUUUUGCAUGUAAUGUAGCCCCUGUAGUCUGUAGAUGUAAUAUAACAGAUCAUUCCCACGUUUAGAGGAAGAAAAAAAGUGUUGCCACGUUAGGGUCUUUUAGGGUUAUGUUGUGCUAAAUGACCUUUUAUCAGUGUAGGUGAUUAUAGGUUUAGCAUAUGAUUCAUGAGGAUGUUGUUCAUCCUUCCAACAUAGUUAUUAUUCACUGGGGCAACUUGUACAGCUAUAUCUGGUGAUAAUUGUAUUUGUAACUCUAGUUCUUUCAUGCUUUUGUAGUAUCUAUUUGAAAGAUGACCUUACCAUCAGUUCCUUCA